AGCGGGGCUUGUGGGAAAUGUAGUCUGGCGACACCGCCCUGCUCUCCAUUCCUGUAAUGGCUGCUUUGGGUCCGGCUGUGUCACGAGUAACCUCUUAGCCUCAGCAUCCGGAAGUUCCAAAGAGAAUAUUUCACGUUGGAUAGAAUUUUACAUAUACAAUUGUUUCGGCAAGUUCAGCCCUCCAGAUCCUGGCAUCAUGAACUCAGUUUGCACACAGUUGAUCUUAGUCCUCACGUCGCUGCUUUUGAGCCUGCCUGCUGUUGAAGCAGUAGAAGCUGGAGAUGCGAUUGCACUCUUAUUAGCUGUGGUUCUCAGCAUUACAGGCAUCUGUGCUUGCUUGGGGAUAUAUGCAAGAAAGCGAAAUGGACAGAUGUGACUCUGAAGGACUCUUCUGAAUUAGACUGCACCCUGACCAGUGUGCUGAAAAUCAUUGUUCUGUCGAGGCCAACCCCAAGAUUUGAUCUCUCCCCUUCUCAGCAAGAGGGUUACAGUUAGCCAAGAGUUAACACCCUCAGUUAAGACGAUGCUUUCAUGUUCAUACUUGUUUCUUCUACAAUGGGGACAGAUGGGGGUGGAGGGCGUCUCUUAACAACAAAGAGUGCACUAAUAAUGUGGCCCAUAACUUGUAUUUGCUGCUUAGGAAGGGGCCAAAGUGAGAGGGCUUAAGUUUGCAAAAGUAUUAUUUCAUACUUUCAAGUUGUCAGAGCACAUGGAAUUGGAAGAUGGAAGUAUUUGUUCAGAAUCUAGUAAAUCUAUAUUGUUAUAAUCACUGCCUCUUGCAUUCUGGGGAUCUCUCUCUCUCUCAGUUAGAGUGUUGGGGUGGGUUUUGGAUUUGUUUUAUUGUUGUUACUGUUUUUUUCUUUUUAAUGCUUCAGUUUUUAUCUCGCAAGUUGAUAUUGUACUUAGAUCUUAGCCAAAAACUUUUAUCUCUGAGAAAAAGUUUAAUAAAAAUGUACUAAACAUAUCUAAUACUAAAAUAGAGAAAAUAUUUGUUAAAAGAUAACUUUACAUUGAGUAUCUUCUCCUUUGUCAGAUGCAUUGUAUCAAAUACAUAGCUAUUAUGCCAUCAGUUCA